UUAACCACCUCCCGUCCGGCCGUUGAAUAUUUAAAACGGUUGAUACUUCGGAUUCCGGACGGUAGCAACUGCAGGGGUUGGGUGGCUGUUUAUAAACCAGCCUCCCCGCACCCUACUUGUGCCGCGCUCCUUGGGAGCUCGCAGCACCGCGAUCCGGUGCCCGCUGUGUCCUCCGGUACACAGUGGAACACCAAUCGUUUCGGAACGGGACCUCUGUACGAGGUCCUUAUCAUGGUCCUCCGAUCAUUGAUCACAUGCAGAAGUAGUAAGCAAGAUGUCACUUCUGACAUCAUUGCUUACUACGUGUGAAAUCUGUGAAUGAUCACAGAGAUCACAUAGUACAGGGCUAUUCACAACAGUCUUGUACCAUGUGACAAGCUGUGAUCCAAUCACAGCUCACACAGU